UUAAGAUUGCGGCUUCUCUCUUUCUUGCGCGGGAAGAGAGCCAAUGACUUAUGGCAGGAGCUUGUGCGUGGGACAUGAUGUGCAGAGAGGAGCAGCAUUUCCAUAAAUCUUAGCCUCGUUUCGAGCUGCGAAAGUGCCGACGAAAUAUGCAUCCCAGAAGAUGGUCCGAUGGAAUCGAGCUAGAAGAAUUAUCGCCAGAAAGAGGUGGUUAUCAAUUUGCUAAUGAGAGAGUUCAAAGUACAAUAAACCACGACGAGGUUGAGAGUUUUGAUAUCGAAAGUGUAUAUAGAAUUAAGAACAAGUACAGUUGGAAUCGAUAUAGAGAGAGGAGGGCGCAAAUCAGCCAAGACCUGGGGGGUGCGUGGGUCAAAGAAAUGCGCCUCUUUCAUGGCUCACUUCACGCAAAGAAAAUUGCCACUGAAGGCUUUGACCGAGGAUUCGCCAAAAAAUCGGGAAUGUUUAGAGACGGCGUCUAUUUAGCGGAACAUUCAUCCAAAAGCAACCACUACGCUUUCGGUGCCUUCAAGAAUUGUGAAAAGCACAAUGAUUUGCGUUGCGAGGUUUGCAUCAGACGAAUUUUGAUUUGUAGAGUUGCGUUGGGUAAAAUCUAUGAGACAAAGAGGACCGUGAAAGUUCUUCCUGAAGGAUAUCAUUCCGUCAAAGCCAUACCAAAUGAUGGUUUUCUGUUGCGUCCUGAGUACAUAAUUUACCAUGACGAUCAGGUAUAUCCCAGCUAUUUGGUAGAGUACACUGCCAAGUAUAAGAAGUCGACUGCAAAGGAAGAAUGUGUUAUUGCUUGAGUAUUUUGAAAUGUAGAUAACAAAAGAUCUAACCCUGAAUCAACCUGGAAACGAUGAGUUGCGGUUUAUGGAAAAUUAAUUGGGGAUAUUCACAUGCGAAGUAGGCACCAGCAAAUUGCAUUAGCUUGCAUUUAUUUUCUAGAAGUGUGUAAAUAUGCGAAAAAAAUCCCCUCAGUUAAUGUAAAUAUAAGAUUGGAGCUUGCUUUCCACAAGCCCAAAAAAGGGCACAGGCCAAUAAAAAAUUUUGUCUUGGCCUGACAAAAAUAAAAAAAAUUUGCUCUUAUUGUUAGUGCAAAAUAAUCAAAGUACUGAGGGGAUUUGUUCAUAUAUUUACACAGCUAAAUGCAAGCUUAUGCGAUUUUCUGGUGGUAACUUCGCAUGUGAAUACCCCCAAUUAUUUUUCCAUAAACCUAAACUCAGCCUUCCCAGGUCUAUUCAAGGGUAAAAUCUUUUUGCCGCAUUUGAUAUAUUGGAGCAAUAACACGUUAUAGAUUAUUUUGCACCUCCUAAAUGCAAACAGAGUGGCCAGCGAGUGACCUGUGCCAAUUCAUAAAUUGUCAGUGUUGCAGCAAAAUCUUAUAUUAACCGUUGCGAAUUUGUAUAAUGGUCUGCCCAUGGCGCUGAGGGUAGAGAGGCUCGAUAUGCAGUUUUUGUACGUGAAUUGAAAUAAUUUAUUAAGUGAAAAAGCUUAAUUGUUAUCAGGAAAACCGUGAUUUUUUGGCAGAAUUAAAUAUUGAGCGUUGUUUUGUCUCCAUUCUAAGCAAUUUACAGGCGAUUGGAAGGUUUAUUACAUAUGUAAUAAUAUUGUAAAAUAAAAAUUUAUUUAUUUUAUGGAA